UGGUCCGGGAAGUGGCCGAGAUUAGAGCCAGCGCGGGCCGCAACGCGCCGCGUACGUAAGCCCACUUAAGACUGUUUUUAAUACUAGUAUUUUUUACGCGAUCCCGACAGGAUUUAGCGGAUAAGCGACGUCGCCGCGAUCGUGCGCUUUGAUUUAUCGGUAUCGGAUUCGUAUUUGGUUUGUUCUCUGGUGUUUACGUUAGUGGGUGACGGCCGGGCGCGUGGACGUAAUCCCGUGGCUUGUACCAGAUUAUGACGGAUAUCAUCGGAUUUCGUGUACACACACUGUGAAAAUCAGCGUUCCGAGGAAUCACCGAACUCACCACCAUCGCCUGUCCGCAGCCGGUUUGACAUUUUAACUCGGUAACAAGAAUGCGAGUGCGCGCGUGAUCAGCUGGUCACUCGCGUUCCUUUCCCCCGGCGUCAGAACAAGCAUCAUCAUUCACCUCCGGGUGUACAAGGAGGCGCUGGCGGCCGGAAUGGAGCCGCUAAGCGAGAACGGGCUCUGUCUAUCCGAGCUGGAGUUGCAUGGAGGAGGUCACUUGCAUGAGUCAGUGGCGGCGUCCGUGGGCUCUGCGAUCUCGAGCCUCAUGGCGCCACUGCAUCAUGAACCUCAGCAUACGCCGCUGCAUCAUGCCCCGCCACUACAUCAUGAACCGCUGGAAAAGCUCAAAUUAUGGGCGGAGACAGGCGAGUUCCGGGACAGCGGUCACUCAUCUCUAGCGUCAGUAGGCUCCGGUGUGGAGCAGUCCUCACUAUACGCGCCGCCUCGCCCGCGCCGCGACCGCAAACCCACUGACGACAGUGAGUAUUUUUGCAAUCGUCCACUGACGUCUGAGCCGACGAUAAAGACGGAGUCAACGACUCCCGGCGUCGGGCCCGAUGAGCCGUCAAUGGACGACAAGGGUGACAAGAAGAACAAGCGACAGCGCCGCCAGAGGACGCACUUCACCAGCCAACAGCUGCAGGAGCUUGAAGCCACCUUCGCCAGGAACCGCUACCCCGACAUGUCCACGCGUGAAGAAAUCGCCAUGUGGACCAACCUUACGGAAGCACGAGUUAGGGUGUGGUUUAAAAAUCGGAGAGCGAAAUGGCGGAAAAGGGAAAGAAACGCUAUGAAUGCUGCAGCAGCCGCCGCCGCAGACUUCAAGAAUGGCUUUAGUACACAAUUCAACGGUCUGAUGCAGCCCUUCCCUGACACGGACGCGUUAUACUCGUCCUACCCGUACAACAACUGGGCGGCCAAGGUGCCCAGUCCGCUCGGCACCAAGAGCUUCCCGUGGCCGGUGAACCCGCUGGGCUCCGUGGUGCCCGCCAGCCACCACCAGGGCUCGGUGAACUGCUUCAACACGGCAACGUCGAUGGGCGGCGUGGGCGGCGGCGGCAUGGGCGGCGUGACCGGCUCGGGCGGCGUGGGCGGCGGCGUGGCGCCGUGCCCCUACACGCCGCCGAACCCGUACAGCAUGUACCGCGCGGAGCCGUGCGCCGCCAUGUCGUCGUCGAUCGCGUCGCUGCGGCUGAAGGCGAAGCAGCACUCGUCGGGGUUCGGCGGCGGGUACGGCGGCGUGUCGCCGGUGGCGCGCGCGGGGUCGGCGCCGCUGGCCGCGUGCCAGUACGCGGGCGGCGUGGCGGAGCGGCUCUGAGAGGAGGCGCGCGGGCGCGACGAGCGCGACGCGCCGCAGCUGGCGCGCGCCUCCUAGUCGCCGCCGCUGCCCGCGCCGCACCACGCGCCGCACCCGCUCUACCGCCACCUGUGGGACUGGUUCGACUGAGCUCGCGUGCGACCGUGCGACCGUGCAGCACUCUCUGUGCAUCCACGUGCAUGCAACAAACUUACCUAACUCCGGGCAAUAAAAACUUAACGAUGUCGUUCUAAAGUUACUGUAAAUAUGUAGUUAUGUAUGUAUACCAAAGCGAUGUGUGCAAUUUUUACAGCUUAUAAUAUACCUAGAUAAUGUAAUGUAAGUGUUUAGCUUAAUAUUGAACAUUGUAUAUAACAUGAUAAUUUAUUUGAAAACAAAUAACGAACAUUGGAAAUCGUUAUACAGCAGCCAUAAGUAAAGGUACAUUUCCGAGAUAUGUUACAGACGCACGCUUCAGUAGCAUGCAGCUCAAGUAGUAACAAAAUGGACGUCAUAUAUAAUUUGGCUGCGCCCGCAGUGCAUUCGCAUACUUUGAUUACUUACAGGUUCGACGCAUGUGGCCGAUUGCAGUUGCUUGCGGCAGAUGCGUGGCUCGGAAAUGUAUCUUAAUCGUUGUUGUUCCAAAUGUUUUACUUAUGUUGGCGGAGACAUGAACUUGUUAGCUCAGACUCUUCACUUAACAAUGCAAUAAAUGUCGCAUUCAAUACUUGCAUGUGAAGUAUAUCUAGAAAUUAACUCUUGGACAAGUCUGCACUAUCAACAAUCCUUAAUUUAUUACCACUCAUAAUACCUUCCUACUUAUUAAAACUUGAUGAAGAUUGUACUAAAUUCUCAUUCAGACAUUAAUAUACAGGUUGUUGUUCUACAAGUACAAUAAAUUGUAUACUUUUUUGUAAGUACGUACUGCAACAAUUUUGUUUUAAGUAAACCUUAAUAAUGUAAAUAUAGGGUAAUAUGAUACUAAAUUGUAAUUUGAGUACAUUUUGAAAACAUUAUUGUCAAAAACUUUUUAAUAAAUAAAUGGCAUGCAUGAAAAAUCGUCUCAAAAGUAUAUUGGAUUAACUAGCAAACAUUGAAGUACUUUUCUACAGUACCUUAUCGAUUGUUCUGUUAAAUGUAGAUGUAAAAUCUUAAUAUGCAUUUGCAAACCCAUAGAAACUUUGACAGUUUACUCCUAAACCAAUCAGGUCUUUACAAAUUAAUUUUGUCGUACCCGUUUGUCUGAACGGCUAAUAUCUGAAAUAGUCUGACUCAGUUUAAUUGUGUCUAGACAAUAUUAUUACUUCCAGUUUGGAAUAAAGUUCAAGUUAAAAUUACUCAAAACACUUUUGUCAAGUAAUGUAAAUAUUUCUCAAAGUUACUACGCGCUACGCCUGCUACGACGAAUGCUACGCGAGGCUACGACGUUACUUUUUUAGAUCUCCCAUGUAUAUUUCUAUUUCAAAUCCAAUAAUGUUUAUAGUUUAUGUGUUUUAUUAAUUGCUAUAAGGACUUCACAUAAAUAGUUCAAUAAUACAACAGUAUUUCACGACUGUCGAAUAUUGAAAAAGUGCGUGUAGUCGUAGCCGACGUAGCUAUCAUAUGUAUAGUAACCAAAGUUAUGUUUGACUAACAUCCAUUGCUAGAAAUAACUGCUUACACAAUGAGAUUAACGUAACCAGGAUCUCAAUAUUUAUUAAAUAUUUAUAACUUAACACCGUUUAUGGAUGUAAUAAUUGUAAAAUAUUGUAACUAUUUAGAUGUAAACAUUCACUAGCUAUAAUGUUUAGUUUAUUACACGAAUUAGUAUAUCCUACUUCCGUGUGCCUACCUUACAGUGAAGGAAACACUAAAUUAUGGAAAUAAAUAAUGUAAAUAUAUAGAUUUGACUUUAAAUAAUAAUUGAUGUGGAAUUCGAGGUUUUCAUUUUAUACAUAUCAGAACAAAAUAUCUGCGAACACGAAUAGUUUGUUAAAGUUAUUUUGUAACAAUUAAGAGAAUACCGGUUGUUUUGUAACUUAAAAAAACCUCUAGUCAUAAUAAAAGAUAUCACUGAGUA